CGUAUGCUGUUUGCUGCGUCUGAUUGGCCAAUUCGGAGCUGUUGUGAUCACGUGACGCCAAAAUGGCUACCAGCGACGAUGCUGAAGAUGGUCUGGACCACAUUCUGGAGCCGCUAUGUUUCCCAGAGCGACCGGAGGCUGGUCCUGAUGUCCCCAGUCCACAUUGUCCUGGUCCACAGUGGCCUAGCAGAGAGAUGCUGGUGUGUCUCUUCUGCUCAGAGUCUCUUCCUGUGGCGAAGAAGGACGCCUUUCUCAAACACCUUUUGCUGGAGCACAAGUUGGUCAUUGCUGACGUCAAACUCAUUGCCGACCUCCCAAAGUACCUGGUGUACUGGAAAGGUAGAUUUUUGGAGCAGCCCAUCACCGAUUUCUGUAGCGUGAUCAAGACCAAUUCCACCGGGCCUGUCGAGCAACAGGAGCACUACUUCCUGCUGUGCGACGUCCUUCCAGAGGACCGAGCCCUUCGAGAGAAGCUCCAACAGAAACGACUGGAGGAGGUGCUGGAACAGCAGCAGAAGGAGCGAGAAGACUGCAGCUUCCAUCGCAUCUGCAUGUUCUGCAACGACGAGUUCACCGGAAACAGGUCAUCUCUGCUCAACCACAUGGCCAGAGAACAUUCAUUCAGCAUCGGUCUGCCCGACAACAUCGUCUACUGCGAUGAACUGCUGGACACGCUGCAGAGCAAAGUGGACAAUCUACAGUGUUUGUACUGCGAGAAAACCUUCAGGGACAAAACCACGCUGAAGGAUCACAUGAGGAAAAAAGCUCACCGCCGCAUCAACGCCAACAACCAGCAGUACGACCGCUUCUAUGUCAUCAACUAUCUGGAGCUGGGGAAGACCUGGGCAGAAGUACAAAGCGAGGACGACCGCGAGCUGGUGGAUGAUGAAGACGAUGACUGGUCCGACUGGCAGUCUCAUCCGGUCUUGGCCGUGUGUUUGUUCUGCGAUCACCAGUCUGAGACCAUGGAGCAGAUCUAUGCUCAUAUGAAGGAAGUUCACAGCUUUGAUCUCCAUCAGCUGAGGACUCAGCUCAACCUCAAGUUCUACCAGCAGGUCAAACUGGUCAACUUCAUCCGCCGCCAGAUCCACCAGAACCGCUGCUACGCCUGCCAGGACAAGUUCCGGUCCAGAGGCGAGGUGCUGCGUCACAUCGUGGAUAACGGUCACGUGAUGACGCUCCCGCCCGUGUCCGUGUGGAACCAACCACAGUACUACUUCCCCACCUAUGAGAAUGACGCCCUCCUGUGCACGCUAUCUGACAGCGACGGCGAUCACAGUGAUGAAACAAAUCAAGAAGAGGACGUUCCCGUCAUCGCUGAGGACAUUUUGGACCUGAGACUUGUGAAACAAAAGAGCAUCCUCAAUCAGCUCCUCAAGAACCCAACUGCCUCACACUAGAACCUUCUUCUUUCUUGGUGUGGACCACAAUGUUGGACAUUUUGGAUCUUUGACCUUCACUUUACUGAACUUGAAUAUUGGAAUUUCAUUUCCUAUGACGUCAUCUUGCUGAAACAGCCUGACCUUAAAGCCAUACUAAUAAUAUACAAAUAUAAUAAAUAUAAGUACAUGUAUAAAUAAAUAUCUCCUAAUUGGAUGUCUUUGUCAGAUCAUAUUUUGCCUUUUUUAAUAGAUUACUUGUUGUUUCAUGAAAAAACAUAAUACAUUGGCAUAAUACAUCCUGUAACUCAGUGGUGUCCUAACAUUUUCCAGCGAAUGAAAGGGCCACUUUCAUAUUUUGUCAUAUGCUAAGAUGUAUAUAUUUCAAGAAAAAAACAGCAUUUCAACUUGUUAAAUGAUGCUAAAAAUAUUAUUUUUGCCUUAAUAUUAGUUUAUUUUCAUCUAACAACAAUUUUCAUUCAAUUACAGCUUUUUUAUCUUGAUAUUUAGACUAUCAACUUUGUUCUUGUGCAUUUUCUUCUUACAAUUAUGACUUAUAUUGUGACUUUCUUCUCAUAGUACAACUUUUUCCAGAACAAAACUUUCCAAAACUGACAACUUUAAUUGCAAUUCAAACAUGGCACCCAUGCUGUUUUUCCAAAAAUAAUAAAUGUUUUUUUUGUGGUUAAAUAGAGCCUUUUUAAUGCAUAUUUAAACAAAUGUACAUAUAUAUAUUUUUUUUUAGAAAUUAAGCAUUUUCAAACAUAUAUGGUAAAAUGAACAAAAAUGUAAAGCAUUUAGAAGAUGUGAUAUGAAGUGUAAUACAGCAACUGCGACUUGUGUGUGUGUGUGUGUGCCUUUAAGAAGUGGGGCCUGAGACGUGACGUUAGCAGCGUAAAGAGUAGCCAACAGCAGCUUGUGUGGGAAUGUUAGUAGCAUGCAAAAAGCAAUUGAAAUGCAUCAUGAGUCGCUCCUUAACAAAAAACAGUGGCAAUAUAGUAAUAUUCUACACUGGUCCCUAGGUGUCAGUAACAUUGUAUUGAUCUAUUGACUAUUGACUAUCACCACCAUCUUAUAUUGUUAUGGCUAAGAUGGCUUAUUGCCCAUUAUUAUGUCUACUAUAUUGGGUAAUAAGUGUCAAGAUAAAUAUAGGGGUGUUGUUUCAUGUCUGCAGGGCUCUACUAAUGGUAGAAACAGAGCUCAAGCGGAGAUAGUGACGACUGUAUUCUUCAUAUUUUUAUUUUUUUUUCAAUUUCUGCUGUUGCUUUUUUAAAAUAAAACUUUACAACUA